GAGCUGGCCAAGCCUGUGGCUGCCAAGUCACUGCCUUGCCCUGCCGCGUCCUCUGCCUCGCAGGAGCUGCUGAUGCUCGCGGUUAAGGCGCAGCUGAUGAGGCAGACGGUGGUUGCGAUUCGAAAUCUUUUGCUGUAUUGAAAAAAGAAACAUGGGAAAAUCACUUUCUCACCUGCCUAUGCAUACAUGCAAGGAAGAUGGCUAUGAUGGAAGCUCAGUGUCUGAUAACGUGAGGAAUGGUUUAGUUCACUCGGAAGUGCACAAUGAGGACAGCAGAUGUGGAGAUGUGUCGCAGUUUCCCUAUGUGGAAUUUACAGGAAGGGACAGUGUCACCUGCCCAACCUGCCAGGGAACAGGAAGAAUUCCACGAGGGCAGGAAAAUCAGCUGGUAGCCUUAAUUCCAUACAGUGAUCAGAGACUGAGGCCAAGAAGAACAAAGCUCUAUGUGACUGCUUCUGUAACUGUGUGUUUGCUACUCUCUGGGCUGGCUGUAUUUUUCUUGUUUCCUCGCUCGAUUGAUGUUCAGUACAUUGGUGUGAAGUCAGUAUAUGUCACUUACGAACAGGAAAGGCGGAUAAUCUAUCUCAAUAUUACGAACACACUUAAUAUAACAAAUAACAACUACUACUCUGUUGAAGUGGCAAAUAUCACAGCCCAAGUUCAGUUUUCAAAAACAGUUAUUGGCAAAGCACGGUUAAACAACAUCACCAACAUUGGUCCACUGGAUAUGAAACAGAUUGAUUAUAUGGUGCCCACAGUCAUACAAGAUGAAAUGAGCUACAUGUAUGACUUCUGUACUUUACCAUCUAUCAAAGUACAUAACAUAGUAGUGAUGAUGCAAGUGACAGUGACAACCUCAUACUUAGGCCACCCUGAGCAAAUAUCCCAGGAGAGAUACCAGUAUGUGGACUGUGGAGGAAACACAACCUACCAGCUGGGCCAGUCAGAAUAUUUAAAUGUCCUUCAGCCUCCACAGUAAAAGCACCUGUUGGUUGGUGUGGAAUGACUGCAGUUGGUGCUUGCAGAGAUCCUUUGGACAGAACUGGUAUUCCAUGGAGCAGAGAGUACAUGUGAUGUACAGCAUAGCAAACGUGGAGAUCUGUACACUUUAGAUGCAAGGAGGGAAAGGUGCAAAUUGUAAAUAGGUGCACUUGUUAAAUGUUGUGUUUUCCCCUUCUGUUUGCUUUCUGUUACUGUAAGCACUUCUGUCAAGUUGUGUGGUGGGGGGGAGAGGGGGAAUAUCAGAUUCUUGAACAGAACUGGGACUUUUCCUUACAGUGUGGUACAUCAACUUAGAGUAACUGUGUGUAUGUCUGUGUUUAGGUGAAAUGUGUCACUAAUGAGCAUUUUUAAAAAGUAAUACUCAUAAAUUACUCAUAAAUUUUCAGUUUAUACUUCAGUUCUUGAUAUUUGACUAUUGAAAACAGAAUGUUACUACUUAAAUAACAAGAUUACUUUGAGGUGUCUGGGUAUGAAAUUUCUAUUAGUAACCCAGUGGUAGUAGCUCUUUAUUUUGGGUUUCUACACUUUAUUUGCUAUCCAUGAUUAGAGGUGACAUGCAGUCUAUGAAAGCCAGGAAAGCUCUCUUGGAUGACACUAGAGUUGAAUGUCCAGUUUCUAGAAUCUGACAUCUUUUCAUUCAUAUUCCCUCUUGCUACCUCUGGGUUAUAAGGACAAUAUAUAUUGUUAGAUUUAAAGCUGGGUUUAAAAACUAAACAAUAAACAACCUCCACAACAAUUACUGACAAAGGAAAAAUACAGGACUCUAGAAAACAAACAAGACUUUACCAGUCUGGUUUUUAGUAAGCUUUUUAGAACAGGUAUUAAAAUCAAGAUUGCGCAGUUGGAACUAGGUGGGAAACUUUGAGCAUGGGUUUGGAGAGCUUGGUGUAAAUUUCUGGGAUUUUUACUGUUUUAAUAUAUUCUGUACCUAAGCAACUUUUAAGUGUUAAUAGGUUGGGUUGUGUUCAUUUCUGGCGCAGGCUCAGUAAGCAAAUGCCGUAGUUAUCGGUACCUCCAGAGCACUCAACGGUCACAUCAAAGUUCUGUGAGGGAAGAUGAAGCAAUUCUUUCUGUAGGAGUACAUGCUGGUGGAAUUGUGAGAUGACUGACUGACAGCACAAAAUAGUUUCUGUAGCACAGUUUGCACAUGGCAAUUUCUGGGGUAAUUGUCAAUCAUGAUGAUUAUAAACUUUGGGUCCAAAGUUGUUUGACUCCUAAAGGCUGACUGUUCUGAGGGUUAACUUUUUAAUUAGCCUCAAUCAGGAUUGUUUUAUUUCUGAAUUAGGUGAGAUGCAGCUGUAAGAAGGUACUAUUGAAACUGUUGCAUUGUAAUGAAAAAUGUAUUUUUUCAAAUAGGUAUUACUGGUUUUGUGCUGCCUAUCUCCUGGAAAUAAGCUACACAAAAUGAAUUGGCAAUAAAUACAAUAGAAAAAGGCUUCUGAGUAACUUGCCACUAACAAUCUCUGAUGUUCCAGUACUUCAGUGAAGAUACAUGUCUACAUUAUUCUCUUCUUUGCUGGCCUGUCUUAGAUGGACCUAAGGGGGUGGGUGGGGAAAAAAUGUGGGUGAUGUAAGACUGAUUUAAGAGACAUUAAGUAACCAUAAUAAACCCCCCCCUCCUCUAUGUCAAUUGCUCCAGAGUCUAUGAAAACCUUUGGAACCUCAACUGUUAUAUAGUUGUUGUCAUAUAUCAGUUUCAUGUAGUUGUUGAUAAGAUAAAAACUUCAUCUUUCGCCUUUAGAGAACUUCUGUAACUGGAGUAGUCAGUUGAGAUGACUUAUUGUAGUUAGAUUCUGAAGAUUAUUCUUGAUUUUGGGCCCUUAAAAGUAAGCAUUCUUUAUUACAACUCACAGUCAUGAGGGAAACUAGUCCACAAUUGACUUACCUUUCUAGAGUUUAGGUGAGGUUCAGUCCUGUAGCUGCUAAAAUACAUUUAUAAGCUUGUCUGAUAGCCUGUAAAGAUACAGGUGAUAACUAAAGACCCGGAGAGUGGGCAGCUGGCUGGAAGCAGAGAGGUGAACUCAUGAUACCUGGUGUAGAAAGAUAUGCUGAUAAUGGCAAGUAGGAGAGAAUUCUAGUUUAAAUCAUAUCAGAACUGAAGUCUGCCAGCAAGUGACACAGGCUCUUUUCCUCUAGGCUUAAAUAUCUACACACUGGAAUGUUGUUUUUGUUUGGGGGUUGUUGUUCGUGGAUUUCGAAAUAGAAAAAGAAGAAAACAGCUGUAGGCAGAUAGUUACAUUGAUUUAAAACAAAUUUUUCUUCCAAGGAUGAAAAGUAAUCUAAAAUAACUGGAAUGGCACAAUGAUCAAAUUAUUAGGUGACAGUAGUGAAUGCUGCUUUUGCAUAAGCGUGGCAGGGGGAAGUUACACUUUAUGCAGUGUUGAGACUCAAACUGGCUUUUGAAAUUUUGGUGUAUAUGUUGAGCUAAAUCAAUAGUUAAAUCUGUGAUUCUUAACCUUGCAUGAAGUGCUUGGAAUUCUCUGAUUUAAAUUAAAUAAUUGAGCGGAGUUAUUCUUUCCAUGUAUGUGUCAGAAGAGAGAGGAUAAAACUCAGUUUAUUUCAUCCAGGAUAUCUAAACAUCAAUUUGUGAUAGACUUAAUGAAUGAUGAAGAGUUCUCAUCUUAAGAAACAAACUGUACGUUAAAAAUCCCACUGAAUUCACAAAUUAAGUCAAUAAUGGGAGAAUAAAAGGCUUAAGGUUCCAAGUGCUACAAUUCCCUUGCACAGCUGUCAGCAUAUUACUAACCAAAUAAGGCAAGUAUUUAAAUUUAUCUACUGAUUUUAAUACAGCAUUUCAUCAGAUAAACAAGUAAUAUGUUUGUGAAUAGUUAACUUGUACUUGCUUUAUAUGACCAAGCUUGGAAACAUGCUAAGGGAGCAAGGGAACUCACUCUUAACUUGUAUGACUUUGUAAACAAGGCAUCGGUACAGAUCCAAGUGCCAGACCUUUCGUUUUUCGCAUUCAUUUUAUCUUGAUCUUAAAAUAAAAAAGGCAAGUCUUUCAGCUCAGUUGUAAAUCAAUAAAUGCAAUUCUCUCCAGAAAGUUGACUUGAAAAAGUAAAACUUUUUUCCUGCCUUUUCUUAUAUGUGUCUUCUGAAGUGAUUUAUAUUUCACUUGUAACUUCCUCUGGUCUUCAAACACUAUCAAAUACCUUUAUACUGAUAUUGCAGUGUGUUUAUUUCUGGUAGAAUUCUUGUCACUUGAAUACUUUGUAGCAAUUCCUUUACCAAAACCUGUUGCACUUAAAAAUGGAAGCUCUGAUAGUUUUUUCUUAAAACAGUAAGAAAUAUAGUCUGGAUGUUGCACUGUAAUGGCACUAUUGAAAAUCAGCUUAAUGUAUUCUGUUUAAAAUAACUAUAAAAUUUCAAAAAUAUAACUUAAGUAUGGAACACUUAAAUGCAUAAAAAUGUUGACUAUUUGACCAUUGGGGAACAAAGUUAUUGUACAUUUCAAAUAUACUGCUUUAAAAAUAAAAUAAUUAAUAAAUAACCAUCCAAGAUCCAAACCAUCAAAGAUCUAAUCAUCAAAUAUCUAUUUUGAGAGUUUUAAAGGGAAGCACUCUUAUUAAAAGAUGAAAUACCUGACAUUCCUGAAUUCCUGGUGUGGGAAAAAGCCUGUAGAAGUUAAUUCAUAAUUUCUUUACUCAUCUCAAUGUCAUAGGGAUGGUUGCUUAAUUCCUAAUCUUUUGUGAAGACAAACCAUAAGUAUCUUUUUCCUCUGUGGUGUAACUUUGAAGUUCUUUAUGCACUUCUGAUGUGUGCAUGACCUUGAUAUUAACAUUGUAGUGUUUAUAUUUUGCAGCCUGGUGCUGGCAGAUUUGAGUACAUGUUUUAGUUGACUUUGCUUCAAGUUGUCCUUGCAGUUCUGCAAGUGAAUAUCUUUUUUCAUAGUAGUGCAUUGCAAACAUGCCUGGGCUUUUUAGCAUGUGGUUUAUAAAGGGAACCAUUUAAACACCGAACCUCUAAGUGCUUUGAUUGAGCUAUGAGGGUCUUUAACCUGACUGAAGUGUUGUGCCCUCAUGAUGGAAAGGAUAGUGCUUGGAGUGGUAUGAGAGAAAUUGCUAUAUUCAGGAAGUGUCAAAAGAGAAACAGUGUUAUUUCUUAUUCAGCAUUUAAGGUUUCCCUUUUUUUUUUGAGGGGUGGUAGUUGUGGUUUUGUUUUUCUUCCCACCCCCCUAAUCUGUAGCAAGACAUCUGUCUGUUCCCUUCUGAAAUGGGUGGCUUGUUCCAGAGUUGGGCAGCUGCAGGAAGCUUCACGUCAGCUGAAGUGCACUUGUAGAGUUAAGAGAUGAGAAAGACCAGUAAUGGCACCUCUAAGAACUAAGAACUAAACUUUUUACCUGCCUGUUUAAUAAAAUGCCACAACCCUAUUAAUGCUUCUGGUUUUUCACUACUGAAAGGGAAGGAUAAAUAAUGCAAGUGCAACCAAUAUACUUCAGCAAUGAACUACUUGCAACCAGCAAAAUAUUUGUUAGUGAUGGCCCUGGUCACACCAAAAAGUCUCAGUUUUUUCCUUUUGGCCCAGGGAAGGAGGAGGAAUAGAUCUCAGCCAAAAGAUGUUGAGAACGAUUAUGUGGCAGUGGCAAACACCCAGUGUUUGUCCCACUUAGAAGUCACCUUCCUAUUUUAUUUAGCUCUGGAAUUGUGUGAUCAUUACCAGAGGGGUGUUUUGGGGUAGUUCUGCUACCUACAGCUUUUGCCAUGUAAAUCUGCUUUUCCAUGGGUAGGCAGGCCUGUUGGCCAGGAAAACCAGUCUGCAUGGGAUCUGCACACUUCGUGUGGAGAGCCCUUUUUUCUAGUGGGAGACUGUUCAGUGGAAUAACAUCCUGAUCCUCAUACUCUCCUCCAGCCAUCACAAGGGUCCCACAACUUGGAUGCAUGUGUUUCCUGGGUACUGGAACUGCUUUUGCUUUGCAUGGGCAGGGAUGUUUAGUACCACACAUGUAAGUGUAUUAUGGUGCCUGAGUAUUUUGGGUCUGACUGACUGUGAUUUAGUUCUUUUGUUUGUUUUAAGGAAGCAAAUUUAACUGCUGUUAACAUCCAAUGUACAGAGUGUGCAUAUAAUAGCUUGAGAUAUGUAUAGAAAUACUAAUGAGUGAUAACUAUUUUUGUAACUUAAGAUGUUCUUGUAAGUGUGUAGCAAACAAUCUAUCCAGUAAAGCAUGAUAAAAACUCUAAAGUCAAAGGGUAUUUUGGAAUGACAUGUAGGACACAGAAGCUAUGUUAACGUAAGCUAACUGGGGCACAAGGGAUCUUGUUAUUCAGAGGUUCAAAAUCUGGACCUAACUUCAUUAAGAAUCUGUUUCUAGGCAGGAUUGUUUGACUCAAAGAAUGAUAUUAAAUUUUCUAUUUAAAAAGCUUGAAUCACGUAUAUUUUUUUUUAACUGACUUAGUAUUUUUAUCCCCUUCUUUCCUGUCUCCCACAAGUUUUCUCUCUAUCUCACCAUAUUUUUCCACUAGCUUUCAUGUAUUUUCAAGGAUAUGACUUCAAUUUUUGUAACUUGGCAUUCCAUGAUGUGAAGACUUUGCAAUCUACUUUUUUUAUACUAUGUUUUAUUGUGUUAAGUCUGUAAUAAACUUGAGUAUCUGAAAGCUGAA